AUGCUGACCGCUGCUCAGGCCAAACCCAAUAUACUCCGCGGGCCUCCCUUGAUAUCGCUUGAUAUCAUUUCCACCCGCGUGGAGCAACGGCGUUCAACACAUGGCUCGUCCACAAGUGUAUCGCUGAAGCAGAGACUCCCUCCAAAGUCCUGGGAUAGUCACAUGCACGUUGUGGAACCUGAUCGGUUUCCUGUCUCUCCAACAGCGGUAUAUAAACCCACCCCGCAUACGUUACCCGAAGCUCUCGCCUUUGAGUCGGACCUGGGCGUUGAGAACCUCGUCUUUGUGCAACCGUCAGUUUACGGAACGGACAAUUCAUGUUUAUUAGAUGCCUUGCGAAGACUUGGUCCCUCACGCGGCCGAGGAGUUGUGGUGGUUGACCCUGCCACCGUCAAGCCGGAGACUCUAAGCGAAUGGCAUACCCUUGGAGUCCGUGGACUGAGGAUCAACCUUCAAUCUGUAGGGAAAGUGAUGGAUAAGUUCGAGUUGGAAGAGACCUUACUCCAGCAUGCUGAGCUUGCCCGGCCUCGCAACUGGGUCAUCGAGAUAUAUCUUCCCUCGAUAUGGUCCCGAUGCCCCGAUCUGACGUCGUGGGAAGAUCAUGGUGCGACUUUCAAUCCCUACAAUCUUCAAGGGUUCUCGUCCUUGAUCUCCCUGCUUCGCGCAGGGAGGACAUAUGUUAAGAUGUCUGCGCCGUAUCGACUCAGCAAAGACGACCAAAUGCGUGAUCUUCAGGCUAUGGCACGCGAGUUCUUGUCUGUUGCACCUAAUAAGGUCAUCUAUGCCACUGAUUGGCCGCACACUCGAUUCUCUAGCGUUGAUAUUAGUCCAUUCACCGAAUGUUGCUUGGAAUUAUGCGCGACCAAGCCGGGGCUAGCGGAGCGUCUGUUCCGCAGGAACACCGAGGAGAUGCUUGGGGUAGACUCCGAUUGA